CCCUUUUUCGCAGAGAUCCAGACAACACCAGAGAGUAUUUUUCAAAGUUUUUACAAAGGUUUACCAACUAACCCAAGUCACGUUUAACAUGCCUUAAGGGCACACCGAGGGCCAACACCUUUAGAAGCCUGAAACACAUCUGUGGCAGCAGCACAGCUGUGUCUUUUGAGUGAGGGCGAUUCAGGCCAGUCUGACUGCAGCUCUGGGACUCCGCUACAGACAUGCACUGAGACCAGAGCUGCUCCAACCUGGACGGAUCAAAGGCUUCAGCGGUAAUCGUCUCUGCCAAAGUUGGAUGUUCUGCUUUGAGGCUUCUCAGGGAAGCGCCGCUGACUUGUGCAAGCUUGCAAUUACCAGACCGGAAUAAUGUCCAUGGACUGGCGUGGAGGUGAAAGGCUGCUUAUAGGCUUGUUUGCGAUGCUUAUCCUGAGGCUCAGCUGCUGUGCUGGACAGAGCUAUGAACGCUGGGAGGCCGGGUCCUCGUGCUAUGGAGGGUUUGACCUCUACUUUGUGCUGGACAAGUCUGGAAGUGUACAGAACCACUGGAAUGAGAUCUACUAUUUUGUUGAUCACCUUGCACACAAGUUUAUCAGCCCCCAGCUCCGCAUGUCCUUCAUAGUGUUUUCAACGGAGGGAAGAAUCCUGAUGAAGCUGACAGAAGACAGGGAUCAGAUUCGUGCUGGACUGGAGGAACUUCAGAGUGUCUUGCCAGGUGGAGAUACCUUCAUGCACAAAGGUUUUCAGAGGGCAAGCGAGCAGAUAUACUAUGGAACAGGUGACGGAUACCGCACAGCCAGUGUCAUCAUUGCUCUGACAGAUGGAGAACUGCGCGAGAAUGAAUUUGACUUGGCAGCCAGAGAGGCUGAUCGCUCACGUCAGCUGGGAGCUUCCGUGUACUGUGUUGGAGUGAAGGACUUUAAUGAAACCCAGCUGGCAACAAUAGCUGACAGCAAAGAUCACGUCUUUCCUGUUAAUGAUGGCUUUGAAGCCCUGCAAGGGGUCAUCGAUUCGAUACUGAAGAGAUCCUGUAUAGAAAUCCUCGCUGUGGAGCCCUCAAGUAUUUGUGCAGGAGAAUCUUUUGAGGUGGUAGUUCGAGGGAACGGAUUCCUUCAUGCCCGUGAUGUGAACAGAAUCCUUUGCAGUUUCCGUAUCAACAACACCCUCACCGUGAUGAAGAGGCCUCUGGUUGUGGAAGACACGUACCUGCUCUGCCCAGCGCCGGUACUGAAGGAGGAGGGAACGACUGCCUCCCUCCAUGUCAGUAUGAACAACGGCCUGAGUUUUAUCUCCAGUUCUGUGACCAUCACCACUGUCAGCUGUGUGAGUACAGUAACCCUGCAGGGCAGCAGUACCAAGCCCACUACCACUGUUACACUGGGCAGAGCCACUGCCAGUACCACUACACUGGGCAGUACCUCUAGUUCAGCUCCAUCUUCAGUCUGCCCUCUGAACACAACCGACGGAACGUUCUUGGCUAUAGCUCUGCUGAUACUGCUGCUGCUGAUCGCCAUGGCGACACUCUGGUGGUUUUGGCCCCUCUGUUGCACAGUGAUUGUCCAUGAGCCACCACCACCAAUCAUGGACGACAGUUCGGAUGAAGAGGAUGAAGCCUACCCAAAGAAGAAAUGGCCGACAGUGGACGCCUCAUAUUACGGCGGGAGAGGAGUUGGUGGCAUUAAAAGGAUGGAAGUGCGCUGGGGAGAUAAGGGAUCCACUGAAGAAGGAGCCAAACUGGAGAAGGCAAAGAAUGCUCGGGUGCAGAUGCCAGAGCAAGAGUUUGAGUAUCCGACCACUCGGACCUUAAACAAUGGCAUGCGAAAACCCAUCUCCCCUCACAAGUGGUACUCACCAAUCAAGGGGAAACUGGAUGCCCUGUGGGUGUGGCUUAGGAGAGGAUAUGACCGCGUAUCUGUGAUGAGGCCUCAGCCGGGGGAGAAGGGUCGCUGCAUGAAAUUUACCCGUGUGAAAUCCUGCCCGCCUCCUCGGUACCCACUUUACAACAACCCGUCGAGUCACAUCUACAGCCUCCCCCACAGCCGAUGCCCUCCUGUCCCGCAGGGCACCCUGCCGCCCACCCCGCGCUGCUCCGGCCAAUCACCAAACUCCACCCUGCCCCCUCUGCCAUCAACUCCGCCCCCAGCAUCCAUAACCCCUCCCCCUUACACACCACCUCCGACCCGAGCCCUUCCUCCUACCUCUCUGAACAUCAACGUGGCUCUGCCUCCUUCUCCACCCACACCACCGCCACCAACAAACUUCAUGCAGGCCUCGUCGCCCAGCACCUUGCCUCCGCCCCCUCAGGCGGCUCCGCCCGGACGAGCCCCGCCCCCUUCUCGUCCACCACCUCGCCCAGGCCUUGACGAACCGCAGUGCUACCAGGAAUGAGUAGAUCUAAGUCAUUUGCACAAGAAAAACUGCUGGUUACGCCGGUGAAAAAUGAAGUGCUCCAUUUUUCAGGCAUUAGAAAAGGAGCAACAUGAUUGACAAUGGUUGCAAAUGGGUUUUGGCAAAUGGCAGCGAUUGUAUUAUUGCACAGCUGAUACUGAUUAGGUUGACAAACAUUCUGCACAUCGACGAAGUAGCUUGAGGUUUGCUGACUGUCAAUAUCACCAUGCCAAGUUCUUUAUGGGUUGUUUUGGGGUUUAAACUUAACAGUCAGAAGGAGAUAAUAAAUUAUAAACAUUUGGAGUUUUUAAAACGAAAAAUCGUAGAUGUAUUUGAUUUUCAUAGAAAAAUUCCAUCCGUUUGGAUUUCACAGUUCACAUGAACAAACAAAUAAACUUAAUGUGAUGUCACGUAAAAACGUGUAGGAUUUCUGCAAUAAACGGAAUGAGUUUACACGACAGCCAUGUUUAUAUAUUUAUCAUCAAUAAAUAAAUCUCACGUUUUAAAUAAAUCGAAUAUC